AUGAACAGGAAACUCGCCAUAUCAAACCCCAAGCACGACACAAGGACAAUUGUGUUGUUUUUCGAGGACGAAACGACCCAAGAAUUUGAUGCCGUGAUAGGCGCGGACGGCAUGUUCAGCACAGGACGCUCGUAUGUUCUCCAGGAAUCUGGUGACAAACACGUCGCGUCCCCAGCGAGUUUCUGGGAUUGCAGGACCUUGGUGCCCCUCGAAAAGGCCAAGGCUGUCUUGGGUGCAGAACUUUUCGAAGUAGACCGGCAGUGCGGGUGUGUUGGAGACGGUGCUUUUGUCCGGGCAUCCUUCUUUGUGGACAGGACGUAA